UUAGCUAUAUUAGCAAUUUUGUAAUUUUUUAUUUAAGGAAAGAAUAAAAAAUUAAUAAUUUAUUUAUGGUUAGUUUAGUAGAAUUUUAUUUUAUUGUGGAGAUUGACAUAUGGAUACCUCAAAUGUUGUAAAUACUUUUAUUUUUGUAUACAAGAGAUAUUCAUAGAGAAUAGUAGGUAAACUCAAUUUUCAAGCAAAGUUAUUCUAAAAGCUUAAAAAGUAUUUAAAGACGUUACAAAAGACUGUCCACACAAAUAAAAACGUUACAGACCAAAGAGAACAUCUUUUAAUGAAAAUGCCUUUGUUGUUGUUAAGUUUUCCAUGGGAAAAAGUUUAGUAGAAUAUGAACAAAAGCUUAAUCUUUCAGAUUAAGUAAAGUGUUAUAAUAAUUCUUGUAAUUAAUUAAUACAAACUAGAUAAAUAAUUUUGUUAGUGAGCUUAAAUCAAAGGCUAAAAAAAAGUUAUUUUUAUCAUCUUUAACUUUUAGAAAGCACAAGUUAUACUUAAACCAAGGUCUUGUACAUGAGAUUUCGAGAUUCUUAGCUUUGCAAAAGACCUAAACCCACCAAGCCAAGCCACUGAUUCCUCCACAUCAAAUACAAAUAUGCAUGACAGUUCACUAUCAUAUUUCUUCUUUAGACUAUCUUCUAGACGAUAUGGGAGGUUCACUGGGCUUUCUCGGAAAAGGGGUACCACCGACGCAGAUGAUGAAUAUGGUUAUGGGUUCACUCUACAAACAAUUCACCAAGAAAGCUAUCAACAACUUUGACGACUUCCACGUUGCUGUUUUAGACAUCUUCAACAACUUCAACUCGGCUUUACCAGGCCGACACUUUGAUCUCCCGACACCUGACGAAAUAAAGGCAUGUUUCUUGGGGUGGAAGGAAGCUAAAGACGAGGAAGAGAAGAAGAAAGUGUUCACAGAGUUCAUUGCAAAGAAAGUGAAGCCAAGUAAACUCGAUGACGUCACUAUGAUCACCGGAAUAGCAUCUCCUCCGGCGGCUAUGGCGGCUAAGAGAGCAGGAGAGAAUAUUCCUCAACUAAAGUUCAUCAAACUUAUACCUGAUGUUAUAUUCGUCCCUACGGUCACCAUUUUGGCCAUUGUCUCUGCUAAACUCUCAAGAAGAAUGUAUUUAAAAUAAUGCUUUUAACUUAAACAUUCUUUAUUUUCCUAUUUUAACUUUCUAAGUUAGAAGCAAGCUCCAAAGUUGAUUUAUAACACCAUUAAAACGCUGCAAUUC